ACUGGACUUGGGAUUUAUGGAUCUGAUUGGUUCGGGUGGGGGCGAGGUUGGCCAGUUUAAAGCCUGAAACUCAAUAGUCCAUUAGCUAUAUAAGCUCUGUCCGCCGGCCGAGCCAAAACAUUUGUGUGGACCGUGUGAGCGCGUAAGAUCAGAAUGAGGCUUCUGUUGGUCCUUCCACUCCUAUUCGCUGCGGUCUCUGCCCAGCUCGGUUUCGGAGGAGGCAGAUUCGGAGGAGGUCUUGGGGGAGGCCUUGGUAACCUGGCCAACAAUGCAGCAGCGGGCAUUCAGGGUGCUGUGAGCAACUUCGCAAGUGCUGUGCCCAAAGUGCCUUUCCUCUCUAAUGUCCAGAGCUUCGGUGACUUCCUGUCCCAAUCCGGAAAGUCCUACCUCAAUGCCGCCGAUAGGGCUCUCCACGAGACCGCCUUUGCGGCGACCAAGAAUCUGGUGGAUGCCGGAAACGAGGCCUUCGCCCGGGGAACUGCCUCCUUCAAGCAGGCUGUGAAUGCCUUCGCUGACCUGACCCACUCCGAGUUCCUGAAGCAGUUGACCGGUCUGAGGAGGGAUCCAGCUGCUAAAGCUAGAGCUGCCUCCAGUUUGAAGGAGGUGAGCCUGAAGCCAGGACCCGUUCCGGAUUCCUUCGAUUGGCGUGAGCAUGGUGGUGUCACCCCCGUGAAGUUCCAGGGAACUUGUGGAUCUUGCUGGGCUUUCGCCACCAUCGGAGCCAUCGAGGGUCACACCUUCCGCAAGACGGGAUCUCUUCCCGUGCUCUCCGAGCAGAAUCUGGUCGACUGUGGUCCCACGGAGGACUUUGGUCUGGUUGGCUGCGAUGGUGGCUUCCAGGAGGCCGCCUUCUGCUUCAUCGAUGAGGUGCAGAAGGGCGUGUCGCAGGCUGGAGCAUAUCCCUACAUCGACAACAAGGACACGUGCAAAUACGACGCCAGCAAGUCGGCAGCCAAACUCGAAGGAUUCGCAACCAUUCCGCCCAAGGACGAGGAGCAGAUGAAGAAGGUGAUUGCCACCCUGGGGCCCCUGGCCUGCUCCGUGAAUGGCUUGGAGACCCUGAAGUCCUACGACGGUGGCAUCUAUGACGACGAUGAGUGCAACAAGGGCGAACCGAACCACUCAAUCCUCGUCGUGGGCUACGGAUCAGAGAAUGGAAAGGACUACUGGAUCGUCAAGAACUCGUGGGACGUAGCCUGGGGCGAGAAGGGCUACUUCCGCCUGCCGCGCGGACAGAACUUCUGCUUCAUCGCUGAUGAGUGCUCCUAUCCAAUUGUUUAAGUCAUCCAUCAGAAUUGGAAAAUGUUUUGUUACAUCAGUUUCUCAAAUAAAGUAAAAUAUAUAGAAGAACUAAA